GCUUGGGGCGGAGCCUCUGAUAACAACACUCAGAAGCCAGAUCGGGGCUAUUUGUUGCUGCGCUGCCUCCGCCCGGGUCAUGUUCCGCGCUCCUCCGUGGCUCUCAGCAGCAACCGCCGCCGCCCGGUGAUCACGGGCUUCACUUCCUCCUCUUCUUCCUGCCGAGCCUCCCGACUCCUAGCGCUAUGACUGUCGUGUCUGUCCCGCAGCGGGAGCCGCUCGUCUUGAGUGGCCGUCUUGCGCCGCUUGGCUUUUCUGCCCGUGGUUACUUCGGGGCCCUCCCGAUGGUGACUACGGCUCCGCCGCCUGUACCCCGGAUCCCGGACCCCCGGGCGCUGCCCCCGACUCUAUUCCUCCCUCACUUCUUGGGGGGAGACGGGCCCUGCCUGGCCCCCCAGCCUCGCGCCCCACCAGCAGCUCUGCCCCACUGCAGCCCAGCCGUGGCGGGAGGCGCCCCGCGGGCAGCACCGAAGAAGCGGCGGAAGAAGAAGGUUCGAGCCAGCCCGGCAGGGCAGCUGCCCAGUCGUUUCCACCAGUAUCAGCAGCACCGGCCGAACCUGGAGGGCGGCCGGGGCUCGGGGACCGGCCCAGGCGGAGCGCAAGAGGUCCCUGGUCAGGCCGCCGCCUCGGCCCCGGGCCCAGCGGCCGCAGCCCCAACUGAGGAAGUUUUAAAAUCAAAGAUGGGAAAAUCGGAGAAAAUUGCCCUUCCCCACGGCCAGCUCGUUCAUGGUAUACCCUUGUGUGAACAACCAAAGAUAAACAGACAGAAAAGCAAAUAUAACUUGCCACUAACCAAGAUGACCUCUGCAAAAAGGAAUGAGAAUAACUUUUGGCAGGAUUCUGUUUCGCCUGAUAGAAUUCAGAAGCAGGAAAAAAAGCCUUUUAAAAAUACUGAAAACAUUAAAAAUAUGCAUUUGAAGAAAUCAGCAUUUCUAACUGAAGUGAGCCAAAAGGAAAAUUAUGCUGGGGCAAAGUUCAGUGAUCCGCCUUCUCCUAGUGUUCUUCCAAAGCCUCCUAGUCACUGGAUGGGAAGCAGUGUUGAAAAUUCCAUCCAAAAUAGGGAGCUAAUGGCAGUACACUUAAAAACGCUCCUAAAAGUUCAAACUUAGAUUUCAGUAUGUAUGUAAAACAUAGGUUUUCCCAAAUCCCUGGACUCUUUAAAAUUGAUACAGAAAUGGAAAUUUGCCUUGUACCAUUUGAGUGCAAAAGAUGAGCUUAGAAUACAAACAGCUUGUAUUAUAUUUUAUAUUUUGUAAAUACUGUAUAACAUGUAUUAUGUGUAUAUUGUUCAUAUUUGAGAGGUACAUUAUAGUUUUGUUAUGAAAGUAUGUAUUUUGCCCUGCCAACAUGGUAGGUGUUUUGUAUAUAUAGUGGACAAAUUUUAACUGUGCCAAGGCACAUGGAAGACUGAUUUAUUUGCACAAGGUACUAAGAUUUUUUUCAAGAAACAGCUGUUAACUCUCAAAGUGAAGAUCUAAAUGUGAACAAUUUACUAAUGCACUACUGAAGUUCAAAUCUGUGGCACAAUCAUUGUAAACAUGGGGUUUGUCUGUGUUUCUCUAAAUUGAUUUCUGCCUUCUAAUCUGUUAUUGUUGGAAAAUUCUUACUCUCAUUUUUACCAAACUUAAUUUGUGGGUUUUGGUAUAUAGCCAUUAUUCAAAUUGAAAAUGCCUCUAAUUUUAAUGCCAACAGAAUUGGUUGUAAUCAAAUUUUAAAUAAUAAUUUGGCCCUCUCCCCUUUUAA